AUGGCAGCAAAUCCUCCGCUGUGCCAAGACCCCUACUAUGGGCACACCUUCCCUCUGCCCUAUCAUGGCGAGCAAAUCUGUCUGUCGCGCGGCUGCAUAGACAUCAAGCUGGAGGGGGGCGCGCUGCGGACACGCGGCAACAACAACAUGCGGCUGUGCUUUGUGGCGGACAAGCCCGACACGUCGUCGGGGCUGCACGCGUUUGAGCUGCCGCUGGCCUUCAUCACCGACGAGGACUUCAAGCAGCCCAUAUUCAACGCCAACAACUUGAGCGGCAGGUGCUUCAUGGUGGAUGGUGGCCCGGCAGGCGGCGAGGCGGUACAGUGGACGCUGUACUUCAAGGAUGGCGGCGUGGGCACCUUCAUCCCAUUCUUCUUCAGGUCCUGCGCCUACGUGCGCAGCAUAGCCAGCAGGAUGCAGCAGCAGCAGCAGUACCAGCAGCCGGCAGGGGUGGGCUACCCGCCGCCGGCCACCGCCGCGCCCGAGGCGGGGGCUGCGCCGCCCCAGCAGCUCCUGCAGACGGCCCUGGUGGACCCCAGUGACCCCACCAAGGUCUACCUCACGCAGCCCCUGGACAGCAGCCAGCAGCGCGACGACGCACCCAAGUUCCCAGCCCCGCUGGUGUAG